AUGGAGGCCUCCCAGCUCUCAGAUCUGCUGAAGAAGAACAAAACACAGUGUGAAAAUCUUCUGAAGCGAAGAUUCUUUUACACCAACUCCUUCGAAAUAUACGGAGGAGCCGCCGGGCUCUUCGAUUACGGACCGCCAGGAUGCGCGCUCAAGGCCCAACUCGAAGACCUCUGGAGGAAGCAUUUCAUCGUGUUCGAUGAAAUGCUGGAGGUCUCGUGUCCUUGCAUUACGCCGUACAGUGUGCUCAAGGCCUCGGGACAUGUCGACAGGUUCACAGAUCUCAUGGUGACUGACUUGAGCAACGGAGAGUGCUACAGGGCCGACAAAUACCUCGAAGAUGUAAUAGAUUGCGCCCUCAGCACUUUGGAAGGCAAAAACGUGGCGGACAACGUCAAUGCAAAGAAUGCCGCGCUGAUGCAGCUGGGACGUGACGAACUGCAGAAGCUGCAGAACGUCGUAGGGAACAUGACCUUAGAGGACGUCGACAGUUUUAUACAGCAAUACGGCAUCAAGUCGCCUCAAGGAAACGACCUGUCCAAGCCGUUCCCGUUCAACCUCAUGUUUGAGACCACAAUAGGGCCCAAGAAGGAUCAAAAGGGAGGGACGAGCUCCGUUGUAUACCUCAGACCCGAAACUGCACAAGGUAUCUUCGUCAACUUUGGCAGAUUGCUCGAAUCGAAUGGUGGCAAAAUGCCUUUCGCGGCGGCACAAAUCGGUCUGGGAUUCAGGAACGAAAUCAGCCCGAGAAAUGGGCUGCUCAGGGUCCGUGAAUUCCUCAUGGCUGAAGUGGAAUAUUUUGUGCACCCGGAAAACAAAACCCAUGCGAGGUUCCACGAAUUCAAGCAUGUGUCGCUUAAUCUCCUGCCGAAGGAUACCCAGGAGAGGGGAGAAGCCACGUUGGUCUCCAUGACAGUGGAAGAUGCCGUUAAUAAUAAGGUGAUCGCAAACGAAGCCCUGGGUUAUUUCCUCGCAAGAACGGCGCUAUUCCUUGAAAAGUGCGGAAUUUUGAAGGAAGGUCUGCGAUUCAGGCAACACAUGUCCGAUGAAAUGGCACACUAUGCAUGCGACUGUUGGGAUGCAGAAAUACUCACCUCGUACGGCUGGAUCGAAGUUGUGGGCCAUGCGGACAGGAUGGCGUACGAUCUGAAGGCGCACUCACAGGCCGCUAACGUCCAGCUGAAUGCGAGCCACAGGUACCCGGAACCCAUUGUUGUGGAGAAGGUCACUCCUACUUACAACAGGUCACUCAUUGGGAAAACAUUCAAGGACAAAAACGCACAGCUGUUGCGAAUACUGGAUAACCUGUCCCAAAAUGAAGCGUUGCAAAUGGAGCAAGAACUCAACGCCACCGGACAAGGUAUCGUUAAAGGCGACGAUGGACUGGAGUUCGUUGUCACUAGAGAUAUGCUGUCAUUCAAGGUUGUCAAAUCGGUUGUUUGCGAGGAAACGUUCACACCAUCUGUCAUUGAGCCAUCGUUCGGUAUCGGCAGGCUCAUAUUCUGCAUAUUGGAGCACUCGUACAAGAUUAGACAGGCGCAGAAAGACCAGGAAGAACGCACUUACCUCGCACUGAAACCUAUACUGGCGCCAACAAAGUGCUGCCUUUUGCCGUUAUCGUCGAAGGAUAUAUUCAACCCGUUGAUUUCAAAGAUCCAGAGGCACAUGAACGAUCUGGGACUUUCAUACAAAAUCGACAGCACGGGAGCGUCAAUCGGAAAACGGUACGCACGAACUGAUGAAAUCGGCAUCCCGUUCGCAAUCACCAUAGAUUUCCAAUCUGUGAAUGACGGAACCGUAACCCUUAGGGAGCGCGACUCAAUGGAGCAGGUGCGGUUGCAAUCCGAAGAAGUGGGCGACGUCAUCGCGGACCUCAUUAGAGGCAGGACAACAUGGGGUGAUGUUACCAAAGCGCAUCCCAUAUUCACGCAGCAAGAAGUAUAA